AUGUUUCAUUUUUUAGGAACAAUGGAUUUAUUUCAAAAUCCCAUCCCCUCUACUUCGGGUUUUGUAGACGAAUUGGAAAAGAUAUUACAGACUUGGGAAAAUCCUUUGGAAGGUAUUGUUGCAGAAGUAACCAUCGAAAAUGAUAUUCUAAGUGAUAGAGACCUUCUCGGAAUAUUUUUCGAAGAAGAUCCACUGUCCAUUGCUGUUGAGCAAACAGGAUGGACUAUCGGCAACCCAUCACGAGAAAGCCAAAAUCUUUUUGAGUUUCGUGGGGAACCUGGACUCAAAGUCAAUCUUGGAGAUCAUCCUGUUGAUUACUUCCGAGCUGUAAUGACAAACACUUGCUUUGAAACAUUGAUAAGAUGCACGAAUGAUUACGGAAAUAGAUUAAAAAGCCAUGCCACAGGAAGUGCACGAGCAGUUACUUGGAAAAACGUAAGUAUACAGGAAAUGGAACUUUUUCUAGGCCUGCUUUUCCACAUGGGUUUUGUGAAGUUGAAUCGCAUCGUUGAUUAUUGGAAAAAGGAUAUACUUUUCCAUCAACCCAUAUUUUACAAAAAAAAAAUGGCACGCAAUAGAUUUCAAUUGAUUUUAAGGUCGCUGAAUGUGCAGACUGUACAAAGUACAACAAGUUAUGAAAAAGUAAGAUGGAUUUUAGAUUUUUUCAAUAAUAAGAUGUAUGAAAUAUAUUAUCCAAAGAAAAACCUAGUCAUUGAUGAAUCAAUGAUGCUUUGGAAGGGUCGUUUAAAAUUCCGACAAUAUGUAAAAGGUAAACGACACAAACACGGGUUGAAAAUUUACAUGUUGGCGGAUCAGUUAGGGAUAGCAUGCCGGAUACACCUAUACGGAGGAUCAGCAGACAAUCUAGUUGGUGGUACAAAUCACGUAAAAAAAGUUGUGCUACACCUCCUUGGUAAUUACAAAAAUAUGGGACACAGCCUGUUUAUAGACAACUUUUAUACAAGCGUCGCUUUGUCUGGACAAUUACAAGCCAUUGAAGUUUAUUCAACUGGAACUCUAAACAAUCGCCGUCUAAAAUUGGCGGGGUCUAAUGUAUGGAAAGAUAAAAGGGAAAUAAUGGCUCUUUCUAACAAAUAUAAUGCUGAAUUUAUUGAAACAAGGAAUAGAAGGGGCCAAGUUAAAUGUAAACCAAAUAUGAUAGCCCAAUACACAAAGCAUAUGAAGUCUGUAGAUCAUCAUGAUCAGAUGAUGGCUUAUUAUAGUUGUGAACACAAAAGUCUUAUAUGGUACAAAAAAGUAAUAAUCCAUUUGUUGGAAAUUAUGAUAAUAAAUGCAUAUUUAUUAUACAGAGCAGAUAUCAGACAUAACAUAACCCUAUAUGAUUUCAAAUUAAGCGUUAUUAAAAGUCUCUUAUCAUACGAUUUUGAAUUAAGCCUACCGCUAACGUCUCGAGUGCAUUUGCCAUCAAAUUUGCCAAAAGAUGACAGAGACCACACUAAAAGACGAAGAUGUGCCCAGUGCUGGAAGGUAGCAAAAAAGAGAGUACAGAGUAUAUUUUUUUGUAACGACUGUCUCGAGAAGCCUGGACUUUGCAUAGGUUGUUUCAGAGAAUACCAUAGAUAUUAG